AGAUUUAGUUGAGAAACUGUAAACUGCGAAACGAAACCUUUUUGCAGUAAGCCUCACUGUUCAAUACUCCAUUUUCGGGUUCAAAGCGGAUAUUGUCAGCACAUCAGGGAAAGGCCAUCGAUCCUCUUAAAGACAUCAUUUUGACUACAAUGAAUGUGAUCUCUGUUAUGGUGUACGGUGAACGUUACGAGAUGAACAAUCGAGAAUUCCAGACAAUUUUGGACGAGACGUGGAAGCUUAAUGACUUGCUUAGUCGAGUUUCCAUUCUAGAUUUCUUACCAUUCUUGAUUCAUUUCCCGAUCAAAGAUUCGAAACUUGCCAAGACUAUUUAUUUGUCAGCGAAGAGCAGGCUGACCAGGAAGUACCAGGAACACCAGCAAACCUACCAAGACGGAAUAACGCGUGAUCUGACCGAUGCCUUAAUCAAAGCUUUAAAGGAAACCAAGGAAGAUCAAAAGAAAACUCCCGAAGUGAUGACUGAAGACCACAUUCUCAUGACGAUGGGGGACGCGUUUACAGCUGGUAUCGAAUCUACAACAUCAUCAAUCCUUUGGUAUAUUAUCUUAAUGAUAAGACACCCUGAUGUSCAAGCUAAAGUCCACUCUGAACUGGACAGAGUCGUUGGUCGGGAUAAGUUCCCGAGUUGGGAAGAAAGAAACUCCUUGCCCUACACCUGUGCAAGUAUUGAAGAGAUGCAUCGUUUUACCGGUUUUUUUUUUACCAUUUUAAUUAAUGCAUGGGCAAUGCAUUUUGACGAGAAGGAAUGGAAUGAUCCACAAUAUUUCAAACCCGAGAGAUUCCUAGAUACAGAAGGCAAAUUGAUCCAAGUUUCUAAAUUGAAGAGCUUUCUUCCCUUCGGCACUGGCCGCCGUGUUUGUGUGGGCGAGGCGUUCGCCAAGCAAGAGUUGUUUCUCAUUAUUACUAGAUUGAUGUAUCAGUUUGAAGUAGAAGCAGAAAUUCCUGGAUCCCCACCAUCCAUGGAAGGUCAGAUAAAGGUCGCUUAUUCMCCGAAACCCUUUAAAGUUAUUUUAAAGCAACGCCCAAAGUCAGCAAUGGAUUAUAAUUAACUAAUGCGACGCAAAACCUCUCGAAGUGGGUACAAUUGCAGUGGUGUUCAUUUGUAUUGUGGCGCAAGCCUAAAACAACUAUGGAGGUAAUGUUAGGUGCCGCUGUUACGGAUGUGAAAAUGGUCACAGAAUUAAGCACACUAGCUGCUUGAUCAUCCUUAAUGCUACACAGAUACAAUCAACUAGAUCGAUGUAACUUUGAACUUUUGUUAUUUAUUGACGCGUGUUCGUAAUGAAUUUGAUACGACGAACAUUAUUUACAAUUUGAAUGGAAUAUAGUCCAUACAUUUACCUUCAAAUAAAAGUGUUAUGUAUCAUUGAGGACUAAUCACGCCUCAAGCUUCAAU